AUGAAAUAUUUUAUAGUUUUUAAUAUUUUUCUUUAUUUUUAUAAAACAAAUAAAUAUAAUAUUGAGGAUAAUAUAUAUUCUCAUGUAUCUUAUCAAAAAAAAAAUCAAUUUCUCAAAUUAAAUUUAACAAAUUUAUCAAAUGAUAUUGAAAUAACAAAUCAAGGAAAAAGAAUUUUAUAUGAUUUGUCAAGAAGACGAAGAAAUAAAAAACGACGAAAUAAAAGGCGAGGAAAAAAACGUAGGGGGUUUGGAAGGUUAUGGAGAAAAAAAAAUAAAAAUAAAAAUGCAAGACGAAAUAAAAGAAAAAAUAGAAAAGAAGCUCGUAGAAGAAAAAGAGAGCUCAAACGAGCUGAACGAAAAAGAAAAAAAAAGCAAAAAAAACAAAUGAAAAGAGAAAAAAAAGAAAGAAGAAAAAAGCAAAAACAAGAAAGAGAAAGAGAAAGAGAAAGAGAACAAAACAGAGUUGAACCUAACGAAUUAAAAAAUACUGAACCCAUAUUAAAUAAUCAAACUGGAAACCAAAUUGGAAACCAAGCUGUAAAUCAAACUGGAAAUAAUAACAACUCUCUUGAUUCAAAAUUAACAAAUAAUGAAGCGACAGAAAAUGAAGAAGAAGAAGAAGAAGAUAAUGUAAAUGAAUAUAAUGAUGAUAUUAAAGAAGAUGGAAGAAAUAAAAAAUCUAAUUAUUCUCCUCAAAAUUAUGAACAAACAAAUAUUCCAAAAUCUAUAAAUAGCCCAUAUUAUAAAGAAAUAGAUAGCAAUAUUAAAAUAGUAAAUAUUGCAAAAUUAGAACAUGAAUCUAAGCAUGAAAUUGUUGAUAAAAUUAAAAAGGCCUUAGAAGUUCUUGGAUAA